AUAUAGUUUGCCAUGUUGGAGCUCUAAUAAACAAGUUGUUUAAGCAUUACCAUUGAGUCCUGCACAACUCCACUGUGAGCCCAACACUUUUUGUGGCGACGAGGAUUAGAACUCUGCUGUCUGGACAGAGCAGCAGAAUAGGAAAAGAGAACUCACAGGACAAACUUCAGAUCCACUGCAGACAUGGCUACCCUGGGACACAUGGAGGAAUUUGAUGUAAGUGACCCUUCUUCUUGGGACUCAUAUGCAGAGAGACUUUCCUACUUCCUAGAAGCAAACACUAUAGCUAACCCUGAGCAAAAGAGGGCAGUGCUGCUGACUGUCUGUGGGCCUAAAACAUUUGCAGUCAUUCGCUCACUCACUGCCCCGGCCUCUCCAAAAACAAAGACUUAUGAGGAGUUACUAGCAAUGUUAAAGGCACAUUUUUCUCCAACACCAUCUGUCAUUAUACAGAGAUUUCACUUCCACAAAAGAAACCAAAGAGCAGAUGAAACAAUUUCUACCUAUAUUGCAGAAUUACGGCACAUAGCAGAGCAUUGCCAGUUUGGAGAGUUCCUAAAUGAUAUGCUGAGAGAUCAAUUAGUCUGUGGGAUUCAGAAUGAGGCCUUGCAGCGCCGGCUUCUCGCUGAGCCUAACCUGACACUGGCAGCUGCGCAGGAGAAGGCCUUGGCUGCAGAAACUGCACUUUUACACACUAAGGCAAUUCAUCAUACAGCAACCAGUGUGCACACCAUAUCCUCCAAACAGGCAGAUGACAUUCAAUUUCAAAACAACAAACCAAAAGACUAUCUUGCAACAAAUGCAUCACCAUUUACACCAUGUAUUGGAUGUGGUGGUCAGCACAGACGCUCUGUAUGCCCUUUUAAGAAUGCUGUUUGUCAUUACUGCAAAAAGAAAGGCCAUGUAAUACGUGUUUGCAAAGCAAGGGUUGAUCAGGAAAAACAAAGCGAUAAUGCAAAGUUUUCACAUAAAAAUUUACCAACAAAUAAAGGGGCAGCCACUGGAACAGAGGUCAACCAGCUGUAUCAUAUCCAACAUGUCAACAGUAAGGGCCCCGUAAACUCUGAAAUUACUGCAAAUGUUUUUAUACAUGGCUAUCGGUGUGAAAUGGAGAUUGACUCAGGAGCCGCAUUUACCAUAAUAAGCUCUGAAUUAUUUGAUAAACUGUUCCCUCACAAUCCUCCCACAUUAUCAAAGCCAGGGUGCACACUCCGUGACUAUAAUGGACAGUCUGUUGAGCUUCUUGGAAGUUGUGAUGUGAGUGUUCAGUACAACACAUUCAGCGGAAUGUUACCCCUGAUUGUUGCCAAAGGUACUCAAAAAAGCCUUUUGGGAAGGAACUGGUUUUCUCCAUUAAAAAUCAGCAUCCAAGGCAUCCAUGUUGUCACUGGGGGAUCAGUAAAGAAGGUCAUUGAGGAAUUUCCACAAGUUUUUGCAAAUGAACUAGGCACUUACAAGGGUCCACCUGUGUCACUUAGAUUAGACCCUGCAAUCUCACCCAUACACAUGAAAGCCAGAUCUGUGCCAUAUGCUUUACGUCCAAAAAUUGAAGCUGAACUUGAACGUCUCACAGCACAAGGGGUCUUUGAGCCAGUGACACACACACAAUGGGCAACCCCAAUUGUGCCAGUUCUUAAGCCUAAUGGUGAUGUGAGACUCUGUGGAGACUAUAAAUGCACAGUAAAUAAAGCUCUUAAUCAGCAUCCAUAUCCUGUGCCUGCUGUGAAUCAACUGUUAUCCACACUAGCUGGUGGCAAGGUUUUUGCAAAACUUGAUCUUGCCCAGGCAUACCAACAGUUGUUGGUGGAUGAAGCUUCUGCAGAUGCCCAGACUAUUAUUACCCAUCGGGGUGCAUUCAGGGUAAAGCGCCUCCAGUUUGGAAUUUCAACUGCACCAGGAAUAUUCCAGCACUUUAUGGAAACCUUGCUAUCCAGCAUUCCUGGUGUUGUCCCAUAUUUUGAUGAUGUUCUACUAAUGGGGCCAUCUGAAAGUAUACUGGCUGACCGCCUUAGAGAAGUACUAUCUCGUUUUGAUUCAUCAGGCAUUCGUUUAAAAAAAGAAAAGUGUGAGAUUGGAGCUACCAGCGUAAACUUCUUGGGGUACCGUAUAGAUGCUUCAGGCAUUCGUCCUACAGAAAGUAAAGUGAAAGCUAUCCAUGAUGCACCUGAACCAAAAUCUAAACAAGAACUUCAAGCAUUCCUUGGGUUGCUCAAUUUCUAUCACAGCUUCCUUGCUCACAAGGCAACAGUGGCAGAGCCUCUUCAUCGCUUGCUUGACAAAGGGGUCCCAUGGAAUUGGACUCCUAAACAUUCAGAGGCCUUCUGCAAAGUUAAACAGUUGCUGACAUCUGAUUCUCUUCUUGUCCAUUAUGAUGAAGAUCGGCCAUUAAUACUUACUACAGAUGCAUCUCCUUAUGGUGUUGGCGCUGUUCUUAGCCACAUUCUCCCAAAUGGUAAAGAGGCACCAGUUGCUUAUUACUCUAGGACAAUGACAUCAGCAGAGAGGAACUAUGCACAAAUUGAUAAAGAAGCAUUAGCUAUCAUAGCUGGUGUUAAGAAGUUUCAUAAUUACCUCUAUGGACAUACAUUUGAAAUCCACACUGAUCAUAAACCAUUACUGGGUUUGCUCUCAAAAGACAGUCCUACUCCUAAUGUUAUGUCACCUCGAAUGCUCAGAUGGAGUAUCAUGCUAAGUGCUUAUGAUUACACUCUUCUUUAUAAACCUGGAAAAUCAAUCUUAAAUGCUGAUGCUUUGAGUCGCUUGCCUUUACAGAUCCCAGACUGCUCACUACCCCCUUUACUUGAAGUACUUAUGCUGGAAUCCCUCCCUGAUUCUCCACUGGAAGCUACUGAGAUUGCUCAUAUGACUGCAAAGGAUCCAAUCCUUUCUCGUGUUCUCAACUGGGUGUGGAGGGGAUGGCCAAAUGAAAAGUUGUCUGAAGAGUUCAGACCAUAUACAAACCGUCAACAUGAACUAUCUGCACAUAAAGGGUGUUUAUUAUGGGGAAGCCGAGUAGUCAUUCCUCAAAGAGGACGCAAAUUUGUCCUCGAUAUGCUACAUGCAGCCCACCCAGGAAUCGUGCGCAUGAAAGCUCUCGCAAGGAGUUAUGUUUGGUGGCCCAGAAUUGACACAGACAUAGAGGAGGCCGUACAUCUGUGUGUCACUUGCCAGCACUCUCGUCACAGCCCCCCUGCAGCUCCAGUGUUUCCUUGGGAGAUUACAAAAAAGCCUUGGUCUAGACUUCAUAUUGAUUUUGCUGGACCAUUCCAGGGGAAGAACUUUCUUGUAGUGGUAGACUCUUUCUCAAAAUGGUUAGAGGUCAUCCUAGUGUCAUCUCAGACAUCAGCUGUGACAAUUUCAGCCCUACGUCAUCUGUUUGCAACACACGGAAUACCAGAUGUUAUUGUAUCAGACAAUGGGACUGCUUUUACUUCUGAGGAGUUUAAGACCUUUACCAAUAACAACUUAAUAAGGGCAGUAACCAUUGCUCCACGUCGACCUCAAGGAAAUGGACAAGCUGAAAGAAUGGUUCAAACUGCGAAGGAUGCACUCAGAAGGAUUACUAAUGGGGACUGGUCAACAAGACUUGCACGAUUCCUUAUAGCUCAGCAUGUUACCCCAUGUCCUACCACAGGUGUCAGCCCUGCUGAGCUUCUGAUGGGGCGGCGCCUUAAAACAUGUCUUGAUCGUCUUAAUCCAGAUCUAACUGAUGAUGUAGAAAGGAAACAGCAACAAAGCCUGGAUUCAGCCCUAUCCUCUAAGACUCUGCGUACAUUUGCUUCUAAUGAUCCAGUGUAUGCCAGGAAUUAUGGGGCUGGUCCAAAGUGGGUCCCUGCAGUAAUAACUGAAGUUACUGGACCUGUGUCAUACAAGGUACAUUGUGAUGAUGGGCAAGAGUGGCACCGUCAUGUUGAUCAGUUGCGGAGGCAUGUUCAGCCAAGUAACAGUACCUUAAUGGAGAACAUGGGUUGUCCCAAGGUGGUUCCUAGUGACUCUCUUCCAGAUGAAAUGGCUACCCCAUGCAGCCAAGGGACCAAUGAAACCAGUAUUCCACCAGGAAAUGACUCUGAUCCAAUAGAGAACUGUGAUAACUCCUCCCAAGAUGUCUCUUGUGGUCAGACUUCUGGUUAUGAACGGCCACAACGCAACAGGGUGCCUCCAAAGUGGAUGGACGAUUAUGUAAGCUAGGGGGGAGGAGUGUUGUGUACCACUAGAGGGAGCUGUAUGCCUAAAUGUUAGCUCAGCU